AUGCUCUCCUCGCCCUCACGUCGUCCCGCGACCUCUCCCGGCAGGUACGUGCUCGGCGGCGAGUCUCGGGACAGGUACAGCUUCUCCAUCUCGGUCGACGACUGCGGGACCGCGAUCGAGGGGGCCGGGGACAACAAGGUCAUCGCCAACACCAUCGUCCUGCAGAUGGACCCGCUCGUCCAGGAAGCGUGGGACGCGGCGAGAAAGGUGUCGUGCGUGUGGAGCGGCCAGCAGGAGAAGACCGUCAAGUUCGACCCCUUCCAAGUCGGGAUGCUCGAGGUCAUCUCGCAGCAGUUCUCGGGCGACAUGGUCGACUGCUGGAUGGCCAUUCAGCGGGGAGAGUACCCUGAGGUCUCGCCGAUCACGGGGAUCGUCGAGAUCGGGGAGCCGCUGACGCUGCUCAUCUACCUGAGGGAAGAGAGUGGGAGCUUUGAUAUUCACGUCAAGGACUGCUACGCUUAUGAUAGCAUGGAGUACGAUUCGCCCGAAACCAUCAAAGUACAGCUCACCGACGAGAAUGGAUGUCCCAGAAAGACGAAACUGAUAGGAUUUUGGGAGACGACGACGGACACGCGGGACUCGGGCGCGACCCUCAUCGCCUACAACCGCGUCUCGGCCUUCAAGUUCCCCGACAAGGCCCAGAUCUUCGUCACCUGCAACGUCGAGGUACGACCCGAACGACUUCCACGCUCCCCAAUGCCAGCCAUGUGUCUCACACACCCUCUUUUAUACCCGCAGCUGUGCAAGGGACCCUGCGAUAACCCGUGCCGAGGGACGGGUCAGGUGGUGACCACGCGAAGGCCGUUCGUCUGCACGCCGGGUAGUACGGAUCCACGGUGUCCUCGGCCCACUACGACCGACAGGUAUGAUGCUUAUAGUCGAAUCUAUGGGUUCAAGAUCGAAGCAGGCCUCUGUAUCAAGGGAGCAGGCAUUCUAUCAAGCAUUUAUUCAUUCGUGUAG